GAAACUUUGCUUUUGAACACUGCGUAAGGGAAUACCGUACUGAUAAGGAGUCACAGUGCCAAAUCACUCGUCAGGAGACUGUAGGAAACUCCGACGCUUUGAUUGAAUCAUCACCAUCACGCCCUUGGGACAAACAUAUCUGCCAGGUUCCCCCCUGGCUUCGUUCCACAUUUGAACAAAGCUUUCAGCUAUCGGCCAAAUGGCCGACAUGGCCGAACUUGAAAUUUUCACCGCACUCAAUGUGCCGACUCCAGGACCACAACCGUCCAUCAGUUGCGUGCAGUGGUCUGGUGACGGACAGUUGAUUUUGUCCACGAAAAGCGCCAUAUACAUUUUGACUCCAGACUUGGGAAUUAAUUUCGAUAGUCUCUCACUGCUCAAGACCGAUAGACGUAAUUUCCAAGAGAACGGUAGCAAAGAACCCGGCUUGGACCUUGGUUGGCACAGGAACUUGAUUGAACUGGAGAAAACCAUUUCUCAUCCCUGGCCGUCAGAGACACAAGAAUAUGGUGCAGUGAACCUCGGAUCUUUAGAUGUUUCAUGGCGUUCAGUCGCCGUCUCUCCUGGAAAUUUAAGCAAUGUAUCAACAGGUUCUAGUUGUGUGCUUGUAACACUCAAUACGAACCUAGAGUUGACACUCUGGAGUGCCACGAAAAAUCACCUCAAAGAAGCAUGGAGCAAGACGCAGGACAUCACGUCUGCCCUGAAAGAACUUCCAUCUCCUGAGGACGUAGGACCGGAAGGUCGGAAUUUAUACCUUAAAACUCUUCAGGCCCAAGUGAAUUGUAUGGCGUGGUCUCAACAAGCAGAUUUUGGGGCUCAUCCGAAUCCCCUUGCUGACGGCUCCAUUCUUGCGCUGGGUAACCGCGCCGGAUCAAUCAUACUACUGAGACACGAUGGCAAACAGAGUUUAGAGCCAUUCCGCGUUAUUCGCAUUGCGGAUGAUUGGAUCACUCAUUUGACUUGGAAUCCAUGGAGGUCCCCUCAACCCUUCCUUAGUGAAUGUUAUCUUGCAUGUGGGCUUGCCAAUGGUACAAUCGCCAUAGUGUAUGUCCGUCAACGCUUGGAGCUCAUAGCAUCCACGGCACCAUUUGGUCCCGCUUUUACUGUGCAUACUGAAUUUAACGUGCUCGAUGACCUCGCUUCUGGUGCCGAUGAAAAAGGCAUCUCUGCUCUGGCAUGGGUUGAUCGAGCGGAAGUUUCUGAAGAAAAGCCUACUUUGUUUCACGCAAAGCCUGGAUCGUUCCGCUUCUUUCAAUUGAGCACUACAGGAACAGAUAUGAACACAAGAGCAUCUUCUGGCCGUGACCUGGGCACUCUUUGUGUUCAAGUUCAGAAGACGUCCGUUGACUCGUCUUCGCUUUACCCCGUAUCUGGUCUUGGGCGGGUACGGGCCUUGACAAGCGACACCCUUAUUGUGACACUGUUUGACGGCUCUUUCCACGUUGUUCAAGACGCGUGCUCUUCACCGAGGUUAGACUCGACGAUUGAGCCGCGGGAUGCUGUGCACGUCGGUAAUGAUACAGAGACACAUGUCGGUAAUAACAGUCUAACUUCCACGAAUCUCUCGUGUUUGGCGCGUGCCACAUUCGUAGAGGCGGAAGGCAGUGCUGUGCAACAAGCCGACAUCGGUAGAAUAAGCGGGGCUGUCAACUUCGAUGGAUUUGGGACAAUUCUUUGGAUACAUGAGACUUGCAAGCCAACUCUUUUCACUUACAAACACGAUGCCAAGCAUAAUUGCAUGAUUAUUGUGGCGAAAUUAUGGCGAAGCCCAACGGAACACGACAUGCUCUUGAAUUACAUUACGGAAAUGUUUCGCCAGCCGAGAUCAGUUCUGUGCGAUGCUCCGGCGUCGAAAUUAAGACCUAUCUUGUUACACCUUUGUCAACGCAGGACCUUUGAUACCGUUUGGCCUCGAGUGUUGGAGCUUCUGUCAUCAUGUCUGCAUGCCGAGGAGACCCUAAGUGCUAUAGGCUCUUGGUCUGGAAGAGUAACGGAUGAUAUCCGGCUUGCGUUCAGGAGAAGCCUCGCUAUCGAUUUCUAUGGCUGGGACGCUUACCAUUCACUUCGCUUACGACUGGCUGUCGCAGACUAUUGCUGGAAAAUGUCGCCAAGCGAAGAAAUACGAGAACAAUUUGGCAGAAUAGCACAAACGCUCUUGGGCAAUAUAUCUCACCGUUUUAUGAAGGUACUCGUCAGACACCUUACUGCCGUUAUUGAAGCAUUAACAGAAAAAGAGCUGCCCUUCCUUAUGCGUGUCAUUGUACAAAGUCUGUUGGAAGGCUCUCCACCAGACCUUUCAGUAAUGGCGCAAGCGCUAAGCGACUUAGCCAAAAAUAAAUUUACAGAUGCUGCUCCAGAAGCGUUUGGUCUUACUGAGACAUGCCCUGCGUGUAGCUCUCCGAUCCCACUUGAAAACUUGUUGACGGCAGUGUGUCCAAUGGGCCACGCAUGGGCACGGUGUUCCAUAACAUCAUUUAUUCUCUCAACGCCAUUAGUCCGUACUUGCUCUGGGUGCACUCGUAAAGCGUUCCUCCCUCCCUCCUCCCGUGUACAGAACCACAACUCGACGGCGGCCGGAGACACUCUUUGCAUUGCAAGCUCAUCGGCUGAAACAAUGACCUCCUCAGCUCCGCCCAGCACCAGCAACCUCUGGAUCCCGGAAGCAGGUCGCAGCUGGAUCGUUGAUGAGUUACUUGAAGCUGCGCGUUACUGCCUUUACUGUGGAAACCGGUUCGUACGAAUACUCUAGAAGCAUACCGUAAUUCCUGUCCAAUCGAGACGGCGUUCUCGCUUGAUUUUUCCAUCACUUACGGAUAGGCACAAAUCCGUCGACUAGG